AAAUAUGCACUCUCUGUACAGUCGGUAACGAAGUAGUAUGAAAGUAUUGUUAUUGUCAUACUGAAAAGAAAUUUGCAAUAACGAAAAAGGAUAAAUAUUCAAACAGAAAUAGCAACGAUCGUUAGUUAGUUGAAGUAAUAUUCGUGAUGUUUUUUAAGAUCAGUAUUGACAAUUGGAAUCAAUAAAUAAUUUUUAUCAUGACUGCAGUGAAGAUUCAUGGUGGAAUUGACAUUUUGAGACUUCCUGUUAAUCAAGAAGAACAUGUGUUUCAUCCAUGGCACAUUAAAUACACACAGUCGCAUAUACUUCAUUCUAAAUGUUCUAAAAGUGAAAAUGGUUGUGGCAAUAAGGAUGCUGAUGCCUGCCAAUUUUGCAUUUUCAGCCACACUUUAGAAUUGCCACACAUGCCAGAUAUGGUAUUCCCAAAUAAUAUAUUAACUUUAAAACACCAGGAUGGAGCAUUCAUACAAUUUAAUGCAUUAGAUGCCUUGAAAACUGUAUCAAAUGGAAAAAUUAAUGUUCAGUUAGCGUGCGCAGAGGCUUGGAAAGAAUCCAGAUCAGAAAGCAGUGAAUAUUUAGAAGAAAAAGUAAAACCGUUUGAUUGGACAUUCACCACCACUUAUACUGGGUCAAUAUCUCAUUUUGAGAUUCAAGAAACUAAUGAACGGAUUGAUGUGGAUAAAUUAAAGAGAAGAGAAAAGAUUCUUUUCUACCAUGAUUUGACAUUGUUUGAAGAUGAACUUCAUGACAAUGGCAUUGCAGUUUGUUCUGUAAAAAUUCGUGUUAUGCCGAGUAGCUUUUUCAUUUUAUUACGAUACUUCCUGAGGAUUGAUGGUGUAAUGUUGAGGAUAAAUGAUACACGAUUAUAUCAUGAAUUUGGUCAAGAUUACAUAUUGAGAGAGUACACAUCAAGAGAAGCCAAGGUUGAAGAAAUACGUGCUCCACCAUCAUUGUUUGUUGAACCAAGCGAAAUCGCAUCAUAUUUGCCUUUAACUAGAUGUUACUAUCAUAAACUGAUAAUGAUGUCAAAUAAAACAGAAUCAAUCACGAACGAUGAAUUAUCCAAUGAAGUAGUAACUGAUAAUAAGGCUAGUGCAAAUACAAGUGAAACAAACAGUUCUGUUACUUAAAAUCUACAGUUAUAUAUAAAUAUAUUACUGUCUAAAAUAA